GCAAUGCCGCAUCCUUGAGCCAGAUGGUGCGUAUCGCACCUGACCGGGCUUAUCGAUAAGAUGCGACGAUGCAUACCAUACGAAGCUGUUCAGCCUUGCUGCAGCGCCCUCAGCCUCGGGCAUUGCGAUUUCACUGCCUACACGAUGUUGUUCCCUUCACUAACAGCUCUACCAUACACACUCGUCUCAUCUGUUGAUCCGCUUAGGUAUGGAUCUGCUCAGCGUCACAGCCAGCAUUAUCACGGUUCUCCAGCUCUCGGCUAAGGUACUUGCCUACCUAAACGAUGUUAAGGAUGCUUCGAAAGAUCGUGCCAAGUGCGCCGUUGAGGCCUCGAACGUGCACAGUCUCCUUACGAAUUUAAGAUUCCGUCUUGAGGAGGCACGCGCUGAUGCACCGUGGUUCACCGCUGUCCGAGCCCUUGGCAUCGAGAAUGGACCGCUCGACCAGUUCAAGCAAGCGCUCGAAGCGUUGCAGACUAAGAUAACAGACGGAGGCCGAUUGAAGAAGGCAGGCGAAGCGCUAGUGUGGAAGUUCAAGAAGGAGGAGAUUGCUAGCAUACUGGAUCGAAUAGAGCGUCUCAAAACGCUGGUGGAAGUCGUGUUCCAGAUGGACCACUUCAAACUAUCCCAAGCUAUCAAAGACGAUACCAACUUCGUUCGAACACACGUGCUCGCAAUAGAGUCAGGAGUGGACAACAUCCAACAUGAACAAGCCGAUGCAAAGCACAGCAAGCUACUAGAAUGGGUCUCACCUACCGACUACCCCGCUCAGCAAACGGACAUCAUACGUCGCAGACAGCAGGGAACGGGCCAGUGGUUCCUCGACGCGCCCGAGUUCGCAACGUGGCUCAGUAUGCCCAAGGGCACUCUUUUCUGUCCAGGAAUGCCUGGCGCCGGCAAGACGAUGGUAGCAGCGAUUGCGAUUGAAUAUCUUCUGAAGUCUGUACAGAGCAGUUCGGUGGGAGUUGCGUAUGUGUAUUGCAACUAUAAAGCUCAAGAAGAGCAGGAUGCCUCCAGUAUGCUAGCAGCCAUUGUCAAGCAGCUGGUGCAGGGUCGACCGUCGAUAGCGGAGCCCGUGGCACGACUGCACAAGCAGCAUGCCGAUCAAGGCACAAAGCCAUGUCUCGAGGAGACAUUUGGCGCCCUUCGAGACGUAAAGUACUCCACUGUCUAUGUUGUGAUCGAUGCUCUGGACGAAUGUCGAGACGGCGAUGGCACUCGCAGUCGGCUUCUGGCCAGACUCAAAGACUUGCAAGUUGGACAAGAUGUUCGCAUCAUGGCCACUGCGCGGUUCAUACCAGAGAUUGAAGCUGAGUUCCAAACAGCGAUGAAGCUAGAGAUACAAGCCAGCGAUGAGGACGUGAGGCGAUAUGUAGCCGGCCAGACGCACCGACUGCCCAGGUGCAUUCAGCGUGACCCUGCGCUGCAGGCCACGAUACAAGACAAGCUUGUGGAGGCGGUAGACGGCAUGUUUCUUCUUGCCCGCCUGCACACAGAAUCGCUCCUAGACAAGCGAACAACAAAAGAAGUAAAGUCGACGUUAGACCGGUUCUCGAAAGGCUCGGCUGCGCUCAACGAUGCAUACGACGAGGCUCUUCAACGCAUAGAUGGCCAACUAGAUGGUGAUAAAGAGCUGGCCAAGAAAGUACUGUCGUGGGUCACGUAUGCAAGGAGACCGCUUACCACAGCGGAGUUGUGCUGUGCGCUAGCGGUGGAGCGCGAUGGAACAGAGCUCGAUCCAGAAAAUGUGCCAGACAUUGAGGACUUGCUAUCUGUGUGCGCUGGCCUUAUCGUUGUCGACCAGGAAAGCGCCAUCGUUCGUAUCGUGCACUACACUACGCAAGAGUAUUUCGAGCGUAUCAGAGACACAUGGUGUCCUAAUGCUCCGCUACACAUUGCCUCGGCAUGCCUUACAUACCUAUCAUUCGAUCGGUUCAAGACAGGCAGCUGCUCCUCUGACGAAGAAUUCGAAGAGAGACUCCGGGAAAGCAAGUUCCUGGACUAUGCUGCCAAGCAUUGGGGAGAGCAUGUUGCGGAGGUGCAAAGUGAUGCUUGCACGCUAACCUGUUCAUUCCUUUCUAAUAGCUGCUUGGUUUCGAGCGCUACACAGGCAUUCUUAGUUCCAACGUACAAGCACCGCCAUUACAGCCAGGAAUACCCCCAGGACAGCACUGGAGCACAUCUUGCAGUGCGAUUCGGGUUAUCGCUUAUCCUGGAGGCUAUGCUCUUACCUGAAGGGCAUGAAAGAAAAUUAGAACUAGCAAAGAAGGAUAGUCAGGAUCAGACUUUACUUUACAUUGCAGCAGCGAACGGACAUGGUUUGACAGCAGAACUACUGAUUGACAAGGGCGCCGAGGUUAACGCACAGGGUGGAUACUACGGUAACGCACUCCAAGCAGCCCUUGUAGGCACACACGAAUCUACAGUCAGAAUUUUAGUUGAAAGAGGUGCCCAUGUUGGUCUAGACGUACAAUUGAAAGGCGCCAUGCACCAUGUUCUGAACAAUGCAAGUUGCACACCUUCGCUGGUCCGUCUGUUACAGCAAUAUGGCGCUCCACUGGACACAACUGACGUAAACAACAUGUCUCCAUUACAUUAUUGUGUAAAAUUCGGCCACAAAACCAUGGCAAGGCAGCUUAUCGAUGCCGGAGUACCGAUAGACUUAAGAGUCCAUCGACAGUCAUGGCCUAGCAAAGUCAGCGAAUCAUCCUCCAGUAAGGAGAAGUUGAGUCUUCCGGCUUCGGGAUCGGUCGUAACCGGUCUGACUCCUCUACAUUUCGCAGCCUUGACUGGCAACCUGACAAUGACUGAAUUCCUCCUUGAGCAUGGUGCCGACCCCAAUGCUCUUUCUGACUAUGGCGAAACUCCUCUACAUCUUACGUUGCGUACCAAACUUUGCGGAACAAAAUACCAAGAUGAUUGGACGGAUUUGUAUCUUAGGGUAGAAAGUUUAUGGGACUUGCUAGAAUUCGAAGAGGACAAUGUUGAUGCCGUCCUUGCGGAGAUCUCUGUUACGCGUGAAGGGGUGUUCAAUGCACUACUUUCAGAUCCUAGGACCUCUCUUGCAGUAACGGAUCACAAGGGCGAAAGUCCUCUGCACUGCAUCCGAUACGGGAAACCGGAAAGUGCGACCUUGAUCCGCAAAUUAGUCUUCAGAGGAGCGGAUCAAUUCAAUAGCAACUUAAGUCAACAGAGCCCGUUGCAUUUUGCCAGUAAAUCUGGUGACAAUGCAUCAGUCAAAGCUCUGCUGCUCUUGGGUGCGAAAGUGGCAUCGACGGAUGAACACGGCCUAAAUGCACUCCAUUACGCAGCUCAAAGUGGGAAUCACGAGACCAUAAUCACUAUUCUGGAGACAGACGAGGCGAGGGCAGUCGAUUUGAUAGCGUCGAAGGACAAAUAUGGCCAGAACGUGCUACACCAUAUGUUAUCCACACACUCCAUAAAGCGCGUAGAGACGGUACGGUGGCUACGUGACCAGGGGGCGCACAUUUCAGAGCUUGAUGACUCUGGGAUUUCCCCUCUAGCAAGGUUCAUCAAAAGCUCUACCUUACGAAUCGAUAUUGAGAUCUGCAGGUCACUCCUUGAGAUCAAGGAAAACGCUUCAUUUAUUGACUGUGACGGGCGAAGACUUGGGCAUUUGUGCGCCAGGACGGCUGACUUUGGGGUUCGUAUACUGAACCUUCUUUUCGAGCACGGUGUCGAUCUAGUUAAGAGGGAUCGCGAUGGAAGAACGGUGCUACACCACGCCGCCAUAUGCGGCUCCCUUACUGAGCAAUCGCUGGAGUUUCUUACGAAAAUUGUUGGCAUUCAAGCAGAUGAAGAAGACACCUGUGGCCGAACCGCUUUGCAAUACGCUACUGAGCUAGCUGCAAAGGAUCGCAGCCGGAGAAUCUGGGAUUUCAAACGUUGGGACAGGACUCGCGACAUCUUGCAAAAGUUUCAAACCAACUGUAUGGACGGUUCUUGUCCAUCAUAUGCCUAACUCGCCCGCACAAUCGCCUGCCGUUUCAUCAAGAUACUUUGGACCUUUCCAUCUUUUUGCGUAUGUACAAGGACGGUCUCCAUACAGUACUCCGCACUGUAACCCGUGUGAUGCCUAGGAACUCAUCCGAGAACCCCAUCCCUUCCCGAUCGUACCGUGUUAGCUAGGAACAUCGGUUAAAGUUACUCGUUGGUGACGGCUUGAUUGUGUUUGUUAGAUAGAG